AAUACAGUAAGAAACAUUGAAGGGGAAUAUUAUAAUAUGGAGUUUGUUAGAAAUGAGGUAGGUGCAUUAUAUCAUGAAAUGGUAGUUGAUGCAAUGGGUGCACAGUCUGAAUAUAAUGAGGGGCCAAUGGCUAAGGAGCCAAAUAGUAAGGCAAGAGAAUUUUAUGAUCACUUGCAUGCUGCAGAAAUUCAUAUAGUGUGUGGAGAAUCCCCUUAUGAGUCAAGGAAUAUGUCUACUAUAAGGCAAAAAGAUGUUCCAAGGAAAUAUUUGUGGUACCUUCCAAUUACCCCAAGAUUGCAACGACUAUACAUGUCUAGGAAAACAACAGAGCACAUGACAUGGCAUUUGAAAUGCCGCGAGGAUGCGGAUGAAGUUAUUCUUCCUGCGGGUAGUAAGGCAUGGAAACACUUUGAUAAAACCCACCCAACGUUUGCUGAUGAACCUAGAAAUGUUAGACUUGGCCUCUGUACAGAUGGUUUCAAUCCAUUUGGUUGCUCUGCAACACCUUACUCUUGUUGGAUUGUUUUUCUUAUAGUGUACAACCUUCUUCCUGAAUUGUGAACUUCGAUUGUUUGGGAUGAAAGCCAUGAUUGUCAUGUAUUCAUGCGACGUUUCUUGCCAAUUGCUUUCCAUGAUUUCCUCAUAAAUGAAGUUUGGGGUCCUUUAACUGAGAUUAGUCACUUUUUUAGAGCUUUAACUACUCCGAUUAUUCAAGUCAGUAACGUGAAGAUGUGGGAGGAAAAAAUUGUUGAGACCAUUUGCAAGUUAGAGAAAGUAUUCCCGCCAGCAUUCUUUAACUCAAUGGAGCAUUUGACUAUCCAUCUACCAUAUGAGGCAAAAGUUGGAGGACUUAUCCAAUUUCGUUGGAUGUGUCCUUUUGAAAGAAAAAUGCAUGACCUUAAGAAAACAGUUUUGAACAAAAAUCAUGUUGAAGCUUCGAUUUAUGAACCAUUCAUAUUGGCUAGUCAAGCUCAACAAGUGUUUUAUGCCCAUUACCCAUCUCAAAAUCCUUGUAGAAAAGGGUGGUUUGCUGCAUGUAAGAUUAGAGCAAGAGCAAUAAUUGACACUUCAUUGUUGAGUGAUGGUGGAAAUGUUUAUUAUCAAGACGAUGAUCCUCCUAUGCCACAAUUGGUGCGACCCUUGACUGUUUUAAAGGAUCAUGUUUCACUAGCAUCUCAAGGGGGAGAACAAGUGGUGAUUAGUGAGGUCAUGGUGAUUAGUGAGGUCAUGCAAUUGCCAUAUGUGGCAAAGGAGGAAUGUGUGGGUGAGGAUGAUGAUGAAGAGGAAGAGUUUGAUGGAACGGAAACAUCGGAAGAAGAACCACCAUUGGACGAUGACCAGUACACUGGUGAUGAUGCAACAAUGGAGAAAGACACUGAAGAGCAUAAUUUGGAGGUUGAGUUGGAUGCUAAGUUUGUUGUGCUUGAUCCUAAGUUAAAUGCUCAGCUAGAAGAAGAGCUAUCACGUGCUAUCCCGAAGACAAGACGUGGCAUGGAUAAAGGAGAUGACACUCCUGCAGACCCGAGUCAAAGAAAGGUGCUUAGCCUUAAUCGCCGAGGCACAUUCAACUAUGAGAGGUUUGGGAGGACUGCCAUAGUAAUUUGGAAGUACUUGUAUGAUGAGCCAAUGCUCUUUUGGUCUAGCUGGCCUAAGGAAAAGAAAAGGCUUGCUUGGGAGAAUUUCCAGAGGACAUAUUAUUGGGAAGAAGAUGAUGCUCAUGUGUAUAAAAUUUGGAGAUUACAUUGUCUGAACAGUUUCCGAGACAAGCUUCAUCAAGCUCGAAAGGUGUGGGUCAAGCACAAGAAGUUGCCCGAGUUCAUGCAUAAGGAUACCUUUAAAAUUUUAUUAGCAAAAUGGAGGAGUCCAAAAUAUAUUGCACUUCAAGAAAGAGGUCGGCAAAACCAAGCAAAGGGUGACCGUGUGACCCACACAACUGGAUGCCUUUCUAUUGGGAUCCAUGAGCAUCGACUGGAAGAAAUGGCUGAGCGAGUUCAGACAGAGGUGGCCGCACGUAUUCAUACAGAGGAAUCACAAAGAGUAUUAGAGAUAGAGGCCAGCUUUGAGAGGAGAUUCCAAGAGCACAUGCGCUUACUUAGCCAGUAAUAUUCUAUGAAUGCUACACAACCCCAAAUUGGUUAUCCUUCUUCUGUACCACCCCAGAUUGCUGAUCCUUCUUUUGGAGGAUUUAGACCUGAUCACUUACCACCUCUUACUUAGAGACAUUGAUAUUUAAAACUUAUAUUAUAUAUGUUUAUAUAUAUGUACUGCAUAUGUAAAUAUAUGGCGUGUAGGAUG